CCCAGGCCAUCGACUCGUCAUCUUCUCCGCACUUCGUAUCUCUUUUUUCGACGUCUCCUUCUUUUACGGCUUCGCGGGUCUUUGUAAAUUCAAAUUUGCCUCAAUUUCGAAUUGUUAGUUGUUAUCAAUUUCAAAUUAUUGCUGAAAGCUGAAUGGAUUUGCUUUGGCACUUACUCAGAUAGGAUCGACGACGCCUCGGUCGGAAACGUCGACGCCUCGCCGACGACUCAGGAACUGCACUUCGCUGACAGGCGGGAGAAGAGGCUUGAUGCGCUUUUGCGCCGGCCGACGUACUGGUCUUCAAGGAUAAUGUGGGCACUUCUGUUGAUAGUGUGGCCUAAAGUAGGGAUAGCGUGAUUUUUGUUCAGAUUCCUUUUCUCUUGUCGGACGCCGCCGGUCUCGUUGUUGAGCGGGAAUGAAUUUUUAGCACAAUAGCUACAUAACACCAAAACGAGACCAGAACCAGACAAACCCUAAUUUCGUUAUGGUUUCUUCGAAUGUCUCCGGCAGUAGGCGUUAUGGUCGAAAAAAGAAGACAAACGGCGCUCAGACGACAAGCUUGAAUGAAGAUUUUUCCGGCAAGUCAGGCUGCUGCUUGAAUGCCCUUUUAUCCGUGAUUUUAUCUCCUGUGGGAAUGAAAGCACCGGUAUUGAAGGAUUUGUAUGAACUCCUCCUUCGUUUAUCUUAUGAUUCGCAGUGGGUUGUCAAGAAUGCUGCAGGGUCACAUGAUUUUGAACUCAGCAUUUGUAAUGGUGGGAUAACAGCAAGUUUUCAAAGUAUAUUGGAACUCUCAAAUGUACUAUUUAAAGAGCUGGAUGAAAGGUUUGAGCAAUUCUUGAAAUAUUAUAGCAUUUCUGUUAGCAAGGAUUGGGAAAGGACUUCUUACUCGGGCAUAUUCGAUUCUUUUGAAGUAACAGUUUUGUUAUUCAGAAAUUGUAUGUUGCUCUUGAGUUUGCUUGAACCCCAACAAAAUCUCAUCUUGGAAAAGGGGGAAAUCCUCUUUAGGAUUCUUCGAAAGUUGAAUAUGCCAAAGGUGCCUCAGAACACAGGGAAGCAUAGAUUCUCCUAUGAGAAGUCAGUUUUUCGUGAAUGUUCACCUGGAAAUAAUGGUUGCUCUACAUCCUGUGCUGAGGAUUUCACAGCCUCUUUACAGUUUUUGGAGCCGCACAACCCUCUCCAUUCUGUCUUGACCACAAUGCUCGAGGUAUCUGUGGAUGAAUUGCUAUCGAAUGGGAAAUUAAGAGGGUGCUUUAAGGUUUUAAAUUCUAUUGCUUCUGGGGAUAAAAUUCUGUUCAAUCCUAGCUCUAAUCAAGAAGAUAUAGCUAUUGUGAUGGAAGCAAUAUGCAGCCAUUUUAUUCUAUCAAUGUCAGAUAUGCAAGUAUUUGGUGAUUUUUUCAAUCAACUGUUUUGUGCACCUUCCAAAAGACUUAGAUAUCCAACCAGAGAGCCGGCAUUAGGUGUUGCUGCUGCUGUAUCAGUAUUCCUCAGUCCUGUAAUGGAUUCAGCCCCUAAAUACAUGCAAGCUCACUUGUAUUCGCUUGUUUCUGAAGCUAUUGAUAUCAAGAUUUUGAAGCCCGAUCGAAAACACAUCAACUACUUCUUGUCAGCAUUUGAGAAGUCUGUCACUAUGUACAUGAAGCAUAUGACUUGCUUACGAACAGAUGUCUCUUCUACUGUUUUCAAGGACCUCACGUCCAAUUUUUCACAUGGUAUUGCUCAUCUACCAUUUGAAUCGUACAUAUUACCAGAGACAAAACAUAAAGUUGACAGUCUAGUCGCCAAUUUAGACAACUAUUCAGAUACGACUAUAAAUGAUUGUUGUUUCAGAAUGAAAUCUGAUUUGGUGAGUUCAUCCAUGAGAUUUGUGAAGGAAUUCCAAGAUGAUUAUUCCAUGCCAUGCAAAGAUGAGAUUUUGAUCAUCUUAAGUUGCCUGGUUCUUAAAACUUCUGAAUGCUUUGAUGAAAAUGCAGUACACCAGAUCAAGGGUACAAGUUUGCAGCAGUUGUAUCUUCUUGCUUCUGUAUUGAGAUUAAUGAGCAUCUCACUAAUACAAUCCAUUUGGUGUUUUAGACAUAAAGAUGAGUCGGGCAGCAUGAAAACGUUGAAAGACUUUUCAUCAUGCAAGGAGUAUGACUUCCUUUUGGGUGUAAUCUCAUGUUUCAGAAAUUUGGACGUCAGUUUUCCAUUGCAAAAGGAUUUAUUCAGUGCAAUGUCAAACCAUUCAAGGCAACAUAUGGAUUCCAAAAUGAUGUUUUUGCAUUUUUCAGGCUUGAUGUUUAUAAGUUUUGUAAGUGGUCUUGAUUGUCUAGUGAAGGCCUCUUUGUUGGCAAAUCUUGCACUACUAAAUUUAUUUGUUUUUGAGGAGGGCAACGUAGAUGUACUACAAUCAUUUGUAGAUUCCAACAAAGAAUCUUUUUCAUCCAGAUUAUCAGGUGUAAGACUCCAAGAGACAGUAGCAGACCAAAGUGUCAGCCUUGUGGUUGCUUCAAAGUUUCAGAAGAUACGAAAUCUAUAUUCAGGCUCAUUGGAAAACAAUAGUAAUGAAAAGGAAUGCCCUAGCUCACAAAAUUUCACAAGCACAACAUCCACAGAGGCUGUUGCAGGCUUGGAAGAAGAAACCGAGGAGACGACCAAUGGGGAGAUAUUCUUGAGGUGCAUGUUACAGACAGAUGGUGUCUCUGAUUUUGAUGAUUUGGCUAGCUUUGUUGAAUGCAAACAAGGUAAAGAUUAUUCAGCUUGGUUAAAGAACCGACAAAGAUACCGAAGGUGGAAAUCAGAGAAAAUGGCUGUUUUAAAGUGGAAAAAGAAGAAAAAGACAUGGAAAAUCUUAAAAGCAAAUAGAGAUUGAUGUGCCAUCAUUUAUCGAUAACCUUAAUGCAUUCACAUGGAAUCAAUCUGCAUUGCAGAUGGAAGUUGAUCCUUUCAGGGAUUCUUCUCUGAGGGAUUUGAGAGCUAAAUUCUGUGGAGCUUUCGAAGAGUUACUGGUGGUACUAAUACCUUGGUCAAGCAUGACCAGGGACCUGAAAGCAAUCACCAGAGUAAGAAAGACACCAGCGAAAACUCCAAACCACAGUUUUAAAGUGGAGUUCUGCAUACCAACUGCAUUGGCUGCUUGGAUAGAACAAAUGCUACUCAACAUGCUUAUGGUUUAGCAGCUCUAAAUUGCCAACUUCAUCCAUUGUGUUUGACGGACAAUCGAAAAGUGGAUGCUGACAGCAGGAUUGUUUCUGCCUUUUAUGGAUAUACACCAGAGCAUGGGUGAUGCCUUGGCACAGCAGCAUGGGGGUUUCAGCAACACACAAUACUGUGUUCCCAGAGACAAGGGAAAUGGGAGCUACAACACAGUCUAGGGAAGUUUUGAACUCUAUAAAGAUAUAUUACAGCAAUGCUUAUGCAGACGGUGAAAACUGAAAAACAAGAUGUAAUAAGUUUGUGAGUUUUAAUUUUCUUAUAUACACAAAGCUCUUUCACCUAGUUUUUCUAUUUAAGGUUUUUGUUGCAUAUGAAAAAGUACUUUCCGAUUAUGUUUAGUAUAGCUACUGUUUUAUAACUUCAACAAUCUAUAAGGGAAGAAUGAGAUACCAAUAAA